ACAUGAAAGGGGGACUAUAUAUGUUGCAAAUACAUAGAGCAGAACUUCAAAAGGAUUAUAUCGAUCUCUUCUCCCUGGUAUCAAAGAUGCUGCUGUAGGAGAGGAAGGAACCAAAAGAGGGGAAACUUAUUCAGUUUAGAAUUUAGAAACUUGCAGGCUAACAGUCUCGUCGAGAAGAUAACAGUGCCAUUCGGGCCUAACCGCCUAGGCUUUUGCUUCGGUGUUCCUCCUUCUUUAAACUUUGCCCUCCUUUGGGCGGCUAGGAUCCACGGAUUCCUCUUUGCGGGCACGAAGUAGGAACUCACCUGCUAGCUAUUGUUCACUUGUUCUGUAUCAUGCCCUUGUGGGGAAGAGAUUGAGAAUCGGGUUAAGUUCGCUGCAAUUUCUGGAAAAAAGAAGUUCAGACUUCAGAGUUCAGACACUGUUUUUUUCGAGUCAGAAACAGAAGGAUGUCCAUGGCUAAGAAGAAAAGAGGAAGUCAAAAUGUGAAGUUUUGUUGUUGUUGUUGUUUACAGCUAUAGGGCAUGUUUUCUUGAGUUUCUCCACCGAGAGGAAAAGGGGCUAGAAAUUUUGCCUGAUCCCGGCAGGAAGUGGAACAAUGGCAAUGCACAAAAACGGCGGGACUUUUGUUCAAACAUUUGCAGCAAAGCUAGGAAAAUAGAAGCAUGAACAGGCCGGAAAGCAAAAGCACACAGCAAGCCAACCUUCCUUUGUUUCAGCUCACAUCCUAUCACCUAUGGAGUGUCGAUCCACUUUCUCCUCCGCUUUGUCUCCUUCCUUUGCUCCCCCUUAGCAUUUGGCACUGUUGAAUUAAGACAGAGAUGGAGAUAGAUGGCAGAAGAAAGUACAAAAGAGAAGCACAAGUGUGGAGUUGAUUACUGAAUGAAUAGAAUUGUUGAAUCAUGAGCGUAUGGGGCCUAUGAAUUCUGAACUUUCAUGGCUGCCUGCCGCCAGGGGCUUUCGAAAACCCUCGCUGCAUGCAUGCAGAUGUAGGCUUCUCAGAAGUUCAGAUCACGCCUGUCUGCCUGUCUCCCCGUUAGCCACUACUCAUCGUGCCGGCCAUUUUCCACUCCCCGCUCUGGCAUGUUGCCACGGCUUUAAAUUGCCCUCGUCUCCGUCGCGGCGAGCAUACACACAUUCACAGACAACACCUCAGUCCACAAGGUGACACGAGUAGAUCAUCAGUGGACGGUAGUGGUAGCUAGCGAGAAGCCAUGAGGUGGGGAAGCAGGAAGCAGCAGCAGCCCGGAACGCCACCGUGCGCGCCGGAGCGAGUGACUGAGACCCCCGGGCGCAAGAAUAAUGGCAAGAGCAAGGCCUUCUCCUUCUCCUUCUCGCCGCUCUCGUGGCUCGCCAAGCUCGGCGCGAAGCAUAAGGUUGACACCAAGCGCGCGCCGGCGUCCACGAACGAGGACGGCGGCGCCACCCCGGCGUUCCCGUCGCGCGUCCCCGAGCGCGCUUGCCGGGCAGCGGAGGUGAUCGCGCCGGCGGGGCGGCCAGGCUCGCCGCGUCGCUCUCCCGUCAAGUUCGCCACGCGGCGGCUCUCUGUUGGCAACGACAACGCCGACGCCGUCGCCGCGCGCGGGCGUCAUCGCUCUCCCGCUGAUGCCGUUGAACAAGUCGUCCAGCGCCGGCUGUCUGUUAGCAACGACAGUGCCGACGCCGUCGCCGCGCGCAGGCACUGCAUGCGCCGGCGCCACCACUCCAUCGGCGGCGAUCACGACAUCCUGGCGCCGCUCGGCAAACUCAUCCCGUUCUCCCUCGCCAGCUCCCCUGCCCCGCCUCCCCCGCCGCAGACGGCACCGUCGGACACGGACGCCGGGAGCGUACGGCUGAGGCGUCGCAGCCGUGGCCGCCGGCACCGCCGCAGCCUCAGCGGCGGCCGCCGGUCGUCGUUCUCCGGGAGGACGACGCUUAGGGUGAAGGUGCGGUCGUCGCGGCGGGCCGGGGCGGACCUGGAGAGCCUCGCCGUGGUGCGGCGGACGCGGGACCCGCAGCGGGCGUUCCGGGAGUCCAUGUCGGAGAUGAUCGCGAGCAGCGGCGGCCGGCCGGAGGAGCUGGAGCGGCUGUUGGCGUGUUAUCUCGCGCUUAACGCCGACGAGCACCACGGUUGCAUCGUCAAGGUCUUCCGCCAGGUCUGGUUCGACUUCGACCACGUCAACGGUCGACCUGCCGCGGCCGACCCGGCCGGAACACUCAGGCCGACACGAGCGGGGGCGGCGGUGAAUUAGGAACCACACUGUUUGUGUUAUGUAAGUUGCUGUAUAUGUAAAUAACGUUUCCCGUCAGAAUUCGUAAUAUUUUGUACUGCAAUCCUGCAAUAUUCAGAAUCUUGAACACCUGAAAUUUCAUA